AUGACAAAGGAAACAAAGAAAAUCAUACAAGUGCUAUCCCAGUAUGCCACAUGCGACAUGUCUGAUGCCUUGGUGAAACAUCAGUAUAAGUUGGGCGGCUCAUUGCCAAACUUGCAUAGAUACUCUGCCAACGAAACCAAGACAACAAUGGUGGGAAAGGCGUACACCGUGUUGUUUGCGCCAAAGGAUGAUCCGAGAGAGGCGAUUAGUGGAGGAUACAUUGACAAGUUGCCUGAGGACUCAGUUUUGGUCAUUGGUACAACUCUCAACUUGCAAAAGAAGGAUGCGCCAUUCACCAAAAUGACAAACGCAUUAUAUGGAGGACUAAUGUCGACUAGAGCAAACUACCUGAGAAGUAGAGGCACAGUUGUGUUUGGUAGAGUUAGGGACAUUGAUGAGCAUCUAGAGUUGAAGAGGGACGUUUUUUCAUAUGGAUUAGGAACUGCCGCCCAUGGUCCAGUAGUUAAAAUGGUUGGAAUCAACGUUCCGCUUGAAGUGCUGGUCGAUGGGUACCCGGAACCACAUGUUGAGACAAUCAAUCCUGGUGAUAUCAUUAUGGGUGAUGACAAUGGUGUUGUCAGAGUAGCCGAUAGUGAAGAACUGAGCUCGAUUAUGGAAUACAUUCCAAAGAGAGUGCAAGCUGACACCCUUGUCAAGGAAGACAUCCUCAAUGGACUAGAAUGUACUCCGGCCCAGAAGAAGAGAAGAGCUGGUCUUUAG